AUGGAGGAGGAUGUCCCUGAGCCUCCACAGAUGGAGCAGGCCGUUGAGGAACAGUAUGUUGCACAUGCUGCCGAUACUGAUGAUGUUGAUGAUAUUCAUGAUGCUUCUGCACAUCCUGAUGAUUCUGAUGAUGUUGCUGAUAUUGAUGAGCAGGAUCAGAAGACCGGAUUUCCCGGAGGACUGACGGUGACACGUGUGUUGACACAAUAUGAGCAUCACGUGGCUCGGAGGCUAUGGAAAGGAGAGGAUCGUGAAUCAUUAAAAGUUAUUACUCACGAAUUGCAGCUGAAGAAGUUUGUCAAAGUUCUUGUGCCAGAUCCUGUAAAGCAUUGGAUUCGGGAAUCUGGGCUGAUGCAUCUAUCUUCAGGCUACCUCACUAUGGCUGAUGCUGGGCUGAUAUCCGCAUUUGUUGAAAGAUGGCACAAAGAGACCAACUCAUUUCAUUUGUCAUUUGGAGCGAUGACUAUUACUUUAGACGACGUCGCGACUUUCCUUCACAUCUCACCCCAUGGUAAAUUUUUUGAUGCACCUGUGAAUAUGAACAUUAAUAAUGCUGCAAGAGCUGCACAUGAGUACUUAGGUGCAACAUGGAAGGAAUCAUAUGGAACUGUCCACGACACUCGACAGUUGGGAGGUUACAUGACCCUACUACAGUGCUGGAUUUACGAGCACUUCCCUAGGAUCUGUAAGUGGGUUGAUAGAGGAGCGGUUCCUGCACAUCUUCCAAAAGCAUGUAGGUGGGCUGCAAAACAUGCUGUUGAAGGUGGAUUGAUGGCAUAUCGUCGGAGACUUGAUGCGUUGUUGCUCGAGGAUGUAGUGUUUACACCAUAUGAAGAUGAUCGAGCUAAUCAUACGUUUUUUGGUCGUAUUCAGUGCAUUCUGCGUGACGUUCCUCUGAUGCCGAACAAUAUAGAUGGGGUCUGGCAGACUACUAUGAAAUCAGUUGUAGCAACCUUUCGGAGACUAUAUCCUAUUGCGACUUUACCUGGAGAGAUCGUUGCAGACUACUACGCAUGGUACAUUAGUGUUUCACAUCCUCUGAUCCUCCCUGCAUCCACUGUUGCACCUUCGAGUCCACAUACUACUGCUGCUGCACAUGCUGGUCCAUCAUCUUCUGCACAUGCUGCUACUGCACAUACUGGUCCAUCAGAACGAGACCGUAGAGCAGCUGAGCUUGUACGUAGGGCCAUAAAUUUGGUAACUCCAUUUAGUGAAAUUCAUACCAUAUUAAGUGAGUUAAGCCUCUUGUACGAAGAUUAG